AGAAGCUCUUUGAUCCCAUCAGUUCCAUUGGAAAAAAAAACACACCCUCGACUGGUUAUUGUGGUGGGGACUCCAGGCAGCAGUAAAACCAUGUUGAGCAAAUUCAUUGUGCACAGCCUUCUGUCAGGUGAGAGAGUGUUUGCACAACGCUUUGAGCACAUUGUGCUCAUCACGUUCAGGGAGAUAAAUGAUGUUGGAGAGGUGUCACUCGCAGAGCUGUUUUCUGUGAUGCACUCAUGUUUGGGAAACAAAGCGGAUGAGGUUUUCACAAACCAAGAGAGAACCCUUUUUGUUAUGGAUGGGUUGGACUAGUUUGGAAAGCGCCUUCACUAUGCCAAUACUUGCACUGAUCCACGUAAGACGGCAACAGUAGAAGCCAUCAUUGCUGCCCUAGUGAAUGGAAAUCUCUUGCCCAAGGCCUCGGUCUUGAUAACGACCAGACCCAUUGCCAUGGAGCAGCUGAGUGAAGUGAAUGUUGAUCGAGCUGUUGAAAUCACUGGGUUUUCCAACGACGAUAAACUAUCAUUCUUAAACAAAUUUUACCAAGACAGGAGUCUAGCAGAAAGGGCACUCAAGCUCCUGCAGGAAAAUGAAACGGUGAAUACAUUGUCCCAGAACCCUUCAUUCUGCCAUAUAGCAGCCAUUACACUGAAGGAACAUUUACAAAAGUCUGAUCAUUCUUAGAUUAUCCUCAAAUCAAUGACUGACCUCUUCACGCAAUACGUGUGUGGGCUCAUAAAACACCAUGGACGUGGCAGCCGCGGAACCAAGGAAGUCUCUUGCCAAUAUGGCUCUGAAGGGGGUUCAGCAAAA